GCCAAACUUUGGCGGGGGUUCCAUCACGCGAAUAUCUCGUUUUUUUUAAUUCUAAAGUUUGUUGAUUCAUUUCCACCGGCUUUAAUUGAAUUAGUCGCUCUGAUUAGAGGGGACGAGUCUACAGGGACUAAUGCAAGGAUUUGUCUCACAGCUCAGACAGUUGGUGAAAUUUGGGAGCCUCGCCGGAAUCCAUCCGGAAGCAAAGCCGAAGCGGAAGAAAUUAAUAAGGAAAAGGUGGGAAAAAUGACCUCGGUGAUGGCUGUGGACAGUGCGGUGGUUUUGAGGGUAGGAGAGGCUCAUCGGUGUCGACGUCCGCCUGGAACGACAUCGGUGCCUAGUAGCGGCAGUAACAACAGUAGGGUGAAAUUGUUGCCGUUGACCGGCGUCGGCGCAGCAAGCGGACAGCAGCAGCAGCAGCUCAAACGAAACAGUAGCGAUGGGACAGCAGUGCAGCCGUCGUCUCCUACCGCCGACGUCGUCGUUAGUUCACAUCACUCGACGCAGCGCUUGCAUUUCUUGACACACUGCGGCACCGUUUGGGUCGGCUGUUUACGCGAUCAAGUCAGACAUUGCUGGACAAUGUUCACCAAACGAAAAAAAGAGGAAGAUUUGGAUGAUGUCAUGUUUGGUAAAACAACACGCCACCGACCGGAGGAAUUAAAAUCAUUGGAAAGGUCAACUAAAUUCACCCGGAAGGAAAUCCAGCUGAUUUACCGCGGCUUCAAACAGGAAUGUCCCAAUGGGGUGGUUGACGAGCAGUCCUUCAAGGAAAUCUUCGUCCAAUUCUUCCCGCAAGGAGAUGCCAGCCAGUACGCUCAUUACGUGUUCAAGACAUUCAAGAAUGGUGGCACUGGUACCAUCAAAUUCGAGGAUUUCCUCCAGUCGUUGUCGCAAGCCUCUCGCGGGACGAUCCAGGAGAAGUUGAGGUGGAUUUUCGGUCUCUACGAUCUCAACGGUGAUGGAUACAUUAGCAAAUCUGAAAUGACUAGCGUGGCUAUGGCCAUUUUCGACAUGCUGGGAAGACACGCAGCCCCGGCCGUCGACGAUCAAACAGCGUCCAAGCACAUCGAUCAGAUCUUCCACAAAAUCGAUGUGAACCAUGACGGCCUUAUCACUUUCGAGGAACUGAGCCAGUGGUGCACGCGGGAGGAACGCUUCGUCAAAUCGCUUGGUAUGCUCGACACGGUGCUCUGAAAAAUGAAACUAAACUAACAUCAAAACACAAUUUUUAACCAACCAAAAAAGAAACUUUGCAUCGUCGUCCUUUAUUAGUCAUUUUUAUUUUUUCAAAUAAUUCAAACCAAAUUUUUCA